UACUCCCCCUCCCUCCCUCCCUCCCUCAUCCCUCUCGCUGUCAUCCCGAGCAGUGCUGAGACGGCGGCUCGAUCCCGAAGCGCCCGGAUGAGAGCAGCAGGCGACGUUCAGGGCAACAUGGUCGCGUGAGUCGAGGACAGCCUCUCCAUUCCGGGCGGUAGCGGUCUGCUGCUGUUGGGGGUCGGACGGCGGGGUUGGGUUGGUCGGUUGGGGGCGGGCGGGGGGGGGCGGCGGCAGCCACUGCUGGAAUCUGUGACAUUUUCGACGCGACCCGCGGAGAGCGGCUCUGGGAAGACUCACGGGCGGCGAUAGAGGCGUGGAGGAACGACGCGUUCCCCCCUUUGCGGUGUCCGAUUUCGCCGGUGAAGGAUCUCGCGGACAGGCUGUCUCACACUGAGCGAUGGAAUGCUCCCCGCAGCCGCCGUCACCCGUCUCCAACCUCAGGACUGAGCUCCAAACGCUGAGUUAGCCGCUGUGCUUCUCCCCUCGAACUCCUUACAACCAGGGGACGAAGAAAAGAGGAGCGGGCUUGGCUUGAGUCGGCUAACAGCGCCGAGAGCUGAUUUUUUCUGAUUAUUUCAGCAGUUUUUGUUUCUCUCUCUGCUCGGAUUUGGUUCUUUUAAAUCGCAUCACGAUGGAUCUGCAGCCGUAUCUGUGGAUGGUCAUCCUGGGCUUCAUCAUCGCCUUCGUGCUGGCCUUCUCGGUGGGCGCCAACGACGUGGCCAACUCUUUCGGCACGGCGGUGGGCUCCGGCGUGGUCACGCUGAAGCAGGCGUGCAUCUUGGCGUCCAUCUUCGAGACGCUGGGCUCCAUGCUGCUGGGGGCCAAGGUCGGGGAGACCAUCCGGAAGGGCAUCAUAGACGUCAACCUGUACAACGAGACGGUGCCCGUGCUCAUGGCGGGGGAGGUCAGCGCCAUGGUCGGGUCGGCUGUCUGGCAGCUGAUCGCCUCCUUCCUCAAGCUGCCCAUCUCGGGGACUCACUGCAUCGUCGGCGCCACUAUCGGCUUCUCCAUGGUGGCCAUCGGCACCAAGGGCGUGCACUGGAUGGAGCUCGUCAAGAUCGUGUCCUCGUGGUUCAUCUCCCCUCUGCUCUCUGGAUUCAUGUCUGGACUCCUGUUCCUGCUCAUCAGACACUUCAUCCUCAGCAAGGAUGACUCCGUCCCCAACGGCCUGCGAGCGCUGCCCGUCUUCUACGCCUCCACCAUCGGGAUCAACACCUUCUCCAUCAUGUACACUGGAGCCCCGCUGCUCGGGUUGGAGAUGCUACCGGUGUGGGCCAUCUUCCUCAUCACGUUAGUGGAGUCGCUGAUCAUUGCAGCUCUGGUCUGGUUUUUGGUGUGUCCCUGGAUGAGGAGGAAAAUAGCAAGUCGCAUAAAGAAGGAGCAGGCCCUCUCCAGGAUCUCCGACGAGAGCCUGGACAAGAUCCCGGAAGAGGAGGAGGAGAGCCCCGUCUUCAAGGAGCUGCCGGGGGCCAAGGGCACCGACGAGGCCGUGCUGCCGCUCACGGGGGGCGGCAGUGAACGGAGCGGCCGCGAGGGCGGCGGGGACCCCGCCGGCCAGACUAACGGAGGCCACGUCCUGCCCAAUGGCAGGGUGUACGCCCGAACCCACUCGAUGACCAACGGCUGCCUCAAGUCUCCGGUCGCCAAUGGCAACUUCAGCUUCGACGGCCACGUGCGCAGCGACGGCCAGGUGUACCACACCGUGCACAAGGACUCGGGCCUGUACAAGGACCUGCUCCACAAGAUCCACCUGGGCCGCAUGGACGACGGCGACCGCACGGGCUCCACCUCCGGCCAGCCGGACAACAACUACCGCCUGCUGCGCCGCAACAACAGCUACACCUGCUACACGGCCGCCAUCUGCGGCAUGCCGGUGCAGCCGCUCGUCCGCGCGGAGUCCCGCGACGACAGCGAGAAGCUGGUGGGGGAGGGCGGCGGCGGCGGCGUCAGGAGCAACAGCGUGUCCUACUCCAAGAAGAGGGUGCGCUACGACAGCUACUCGUCGUACUGCAACGCAGUGGCGGAGGCGGAGAUCGAGGCGGAGGAGGGCGGGGUGGAGAUGAAGCUGGCCACAGAGCUGGAAGGGGGGGACGAGGACGGGGGCGCGACUCCCGUGACUCUGGACGACUUGGCCGAGGAGGACCACGAGGAGAAGGACAAGCCUGAGGUCUUCCUGCUCUUCCACUUCCUGCAGAUCCUCACGGCCUGCUUCGGCUCCUUCGCCCACGGAGGCAACGAUGUCAGCUCCGCAGUAACGCCAUCGGGGCCCCUGGUGGCACUGUGGAUGAUCUACGACCAGGGCGGCGUGAUGCAAGACGCCGCCACCCCCAUCUGGCUGCUGUUUUACGGCGGCAUCGGCAUCUGCGCCGGCCUGUGGGUGUGGGGCCGCCGCGUCAUCCAGACCAUGGGGAAGGACCUGACUCCCAUCACCCCCUCAAGUGGAUUCACUAUUGAACUGGCCUCUGCACUCACAGUGGUGUUUGCUUCCAAUAUCGGAAUCCCUGUCAGUACCACGCACUGCAAGGUGGGCUCGGUCGUGGCCGUGGGUUGGAUCCGCUCCAAGAAAGCGGUGGACUGGCACCUCUUCAGGAACAUCUUCCUGGCGUGGUUCGUCACGGUGCCCGUGGCCGGCCUGUUCAGCGCCGCCGUCAUGGCCCUGUUCGUCUACGGCAUCCUGCCCUACGUCUGAGGGACGCUCGGCCUGGGGGAGGGGGAGGGACUCUGGGUACUCGG